AAACCCAUGUUAGAUUCCAGUCAAAACAUGUGUCCAGUUUAGUAAUUUCCCAAGAUUUUGAAUUGUAAACUGGACAGCACAUAAAACAAAAGCAUAUAAUCUAACCCCAAUGAAAAUGGUUUGUUUACACCCAUAAUCCACUCUCUGCAGCCUCUUUUAAAACCACUAAAACAAAUAGUUUAUAUAAUCAAAACCUUGUGAAUCCAACCCAUCUUCUUGAAAGAGAAAUAGGGUUCUCUCUCUCUCUAUCUGAGUUUAUAACUUUCAAAAUUUUCAGGUAAACAUGUACCUUUAGCUUUUGAUGUUGUACUUCAAUAAAUCUCAUAUAUGGGUUUGGUUAUACUUGUGAGAUCUGACUAGUGAAGGCCCACAAAAGAAACAAGUUGAAGUAUUAUUUCACAUGUAUGUAACCCCUUCUUCCUGCACAUAUAAGUCCACUGUUGCAUUCACCACAGUUUCUGAGUCACAGUCACAAUCACCCCCACAGAUUUGAACCCUUUUUUGACUUAUUCUGUCAGCUUAAAUUUGAUCAAACUGAAACCAAACUUCUGUUUUUGAUAGAUUCCCACAUACCCACUUUCAAUCUUGGUUAAAAAGAUGUUUUCUUGAAUGAUUUUGACAUACCCUUUUUCUUGUAAUCCAAAUUCUUGAAUAAAAAUCCUGUCUUUACAUUACAAGAUUUCCUGAAAAUAGUCUUUGAACAUGAAUCCCACAUACCCACUUUCAAUCUUGGUUAAAGAGAUGUUUUCUUGAAUGAUUUUGACAUAUACCCUUUUCAUGCAAUCCCAAUUCUUGAAUAAAAAUCCAAUCUUUACACUACAAGAUUUCUUGAAAAUAUCUUCGCUAUUUGUGGGAUAUACUGGGUACGGUUGUUAUUGUCGUCUUUGAACAUGAAUCCCAUAUACCCACUUUCAAUCUUGAUAAAAAAGAUGUUUUCUUGAAUGAUUUUGAGUUUUUUACAUACCCUUUUCAUGUAAAAUCCUAAUUCUUGGAUAAAAAUCCAAUCUUUACAUUACAAGAUUUCUUGGCAAUAUCUUUGCUAUUCGCGAGAUAUACUGGGUACGGUUGUUGUUAACAUCGUCUUUCGUCUUUGAACAUGAAUCAAGAACAACCUCCACCACCACCACCACCAUCAGCCACCACUAACCUCACCAUCAAAAUACCAAACACCACCCAAAAACCAAAAAAAGAGAUCUUAACCAACAUUGUUCCGGCAACAUCUCCAUACAACUCACCAUCUUUAAUCUCACCACCAUCUUCCGCCUUUGUCUCCGCCCUACAAUCCCCAUACAUAUCUCCAAGAGCCACCGGAGACCACCAUGAAGAAACCGAUGACAUCCCAACAACCUCCAACACUCCACCAUCAGAAAGAUCAGAUUUUUCCAACAACCCAAUGCCCAAGAUUGUCAACUGUGUUCAAAUACCUUCUUCAGACACUAACACUGCCUCUAAUAACCCGCCACGUGUCUCAUUCUCGUUCCCCAUCCCUAGAGUUUCCUUCCAGAAAGGGUCUGUUUCUCCUGCUAAUGCUAAACUUAGAAGCUGUGAUGUUUACAUAGGAUACCAUGGGCAAAACCCGAACUUGACCCGGUUCUGUAAAUGGGUCAAGUCAGAGCUAGAGCUUCAAGGCAUUGCAUGCUUUGUUGCUGACAGAGCAAAGUACUCAGAUUCUCAAAGUCAUGAGGUUGCUGACAGGGUUAUUUGUUCUGUCACUUUUGGAGUUGUGGUGGUUACUAAAGAUAGCCUGUUGAGUUAUUUAAGUCUAGAAGAGAUUAGAUUCUUUUCUCAAAAAAAGAAUCUGAUCCCAUUGUUCUUUGACACUGAUAUAAAUGAAGUUGUAAAUCUUUUGGGCCAGAAUGCAGACACUAAAGAAGGAAAGGAAGUGAUCGAUGGGUUAACAAAGUCGCACGAGUUUAAACUCGAAGCAAACGAGGGUAAUUGGCGGUCAUGCGUGUCGAAAACAGCCGCGAUCUUGAGGGGGAAACUCGGAAGAAUGAGUGUAGCUGAGAAAGAAAUCGAAAACAUCGACGAAAUCCAGUUUUCAAGAAGCCGGUUUUUCGUGGGCCGAGAGAAGGAGUUAGCGGAAAUCGAAGCCGCUUUCUUCGGGUGUCGGGGUAUCGAAAGCGAAAACGUUGUAAACGAUGGUAGAGAAAGAACACCAGGAACAUCAGAAGGGCUUGCAGAUGAGGAAAGUGAAGGGGAUGGGGGUAGAAAAGGAAAGUUUAUAAGUUUAGAAGUUGGAAAGUGUAAAGAACCAAAGUUAGAAGCAUGGGUUGAGCCUGUUAUUGGUAGAAAUUCAUUAAAAAGACCAAAAUAUAAGAAAACAAAGAGUGGUAAAUACAAGAAUCUUGCAAGUAGUAUUGUGUGCAUCAAUGGGGGUCCAGGAGUGGGGAAAACAGAACUUGCAUUAGAGUUUGCACACAGAUAUUCUCAAAGAUACAAAAUGGUAUUAUGGGUAGGUGGUGAAUGUAGGUAUUUCAGGCAGAACAUAUUCAAUCUGUCAAUGAACCUUGGAUUAGAUAUAAGUGCAGAUGAAGAGAAAGAAAGAGGGAGGAUCAGGAGCUUUGAUGAACAAGAAACCGAAGCUUUCAAACGGGUAAAACGUGAAGUGUUUCGCGAUAUGCCGUAUUUGUUGAUAAUCGAUGAUCUUGAAACCGAAAAUGAUUGGUGGGAAGGGAAGGAUUUGCAUGAUUUGAUACCAAGAAACACCGGUGGAUCGCAUGUUAUUAUCACAACUAGGUUACCAAGAGUUAUGAGCUUUGAUCCAAUGCAACUUCAACCGUUGCCGUUAAAAGACGCAAUCUUGUUAAUGAAAGGAAGACGAAAGAAAGAGUACCCGGCUCAAGAUGUUGAAGUUCUAGCCAAGUUUGAUGAGAAGUUGGGGAGAUCGAGUUUCGGCUUGUCGGUGAUCGGGUCGUUACUUUCGGAACUUGCGAUCGCGCCUUCGACUCUUUUUGAAGCUAUAAAUGAUAUUGGCUUAGAGGAGUUUUCAUCUCAUUUUGAUGAAGUGUUUUGGGGGAAUAAUAAGUUUUUACUCAAAGUUUUGAUCUUUUGCAUAACUAUUUUGCAAGAAGAUAACGAGACUCGAAAUGUUCUUGCGUCGAAGAUGCUUCUGGUCGGGGCUUGGUUUGCUCCAUUGCCCGUUUCAGCGAGUUUACUAGCCGCAGCUGCAACCAGUAUAAACGGUUCGACCAACCCGUUCAAGAAAUGGGCCAAGUGUGCAAACAUGACUUUCUUUUGUUGUUCAGGGUUUAUCGAAAGUCAAACUUCUAAAAGCGAAGAAGAUUCCGCUCUCGUGUUAGUCAAAUUAGGGCUUGCUAGAAGAUCAAAUCGACAUCCCGGAUGUUACAUUUUACUUCACCCGAUCACUCAAACAUUCGCAAAGCUAAAAGGCGGUCUACUUCCAGCCAAAGCAACAAUUCAAGGCAUCCGAAAACUAGGAAACCCGGUUUCAAACUCGGACCAUCUUUGGGCUUUGGCUUUUCUCGUAUUCGGGUACAAAUCCGAGCCACCAUUAGUCCAACUAAAAGCCCACGACAUGGUCCUGUUCAUCAAGAAAACCGCUCUCCCGUUAGCGAUCAAGGCGUUCACCACAUUUUCAAGAUGUAAUUCAUCUUUGGAGCUGCUAAAAGUCUGCACAAAUGUUCUCGAAGAAGUGGAGAAGUCGUUUGUUUCGCAAAUACAAGAUUGGUGUCAUGGAUCGCUUUGUUGGAAGAACAAGAUGAGCUCGCACCAGCGAAUCGACGAGUAUGUUUGGCAAGACGUGACGCUUUUGAAGGCGACAUUGCUGGAAACAAGAGCUAAAUUGUUGAUGAGAGGUGGGUGUUUUGAUAAUGGGGAAGAAUUGUGCAGGACAUGUAUUAGUAUAAGGACAGUUAUGCUUGGCCAUAAUCAUGCUCAAACUUUGGCUGCUCAAGAAACAUUAGCAAAGUUGGUUAGAAUGAGUAGUAAGAUUUGAAACUAGAUUAGUUUUUGAUAUAUUAAUUAGUAGAUCAAUUUUCCCACCGUA